AUGUUUCCGCCUUUGACUUUGUCUCUUCUCAUAUUUUUCCUCUUCUCCAGGGUACAUGGAGUGUGUUACUACCCCGACAGCAGCAUCGCCCCCAACGAUACACCAUGCCAGGACCGAACGGCCGAAUCUGUUUGCUGCGGGCAGGGCUACGCGUGCCUCUCGAACGGCAUGUGCCAGGCGACGGGGAGAGAACUGCAGAAAGGGGGCGCGACGGAACUCGUACGGGGAUCUUGCACCGAUCGUUCGUGGAGGAGUUCGAGCUGCCCGCUGUUUUGCAUCAACCCAGAGACGGAUAACGUUACGGGUGGCAUCGGGAUUGCGAAGUGCCAAGGGACCGUGGAGGAGCUGUACUAUUGCAUCAACACGGUGCAGGACCGGGUCAACUGCACAGCGAAGCAGAACGUCUUGUUCUUCCAAGGGUCUCCAACUGCAAUCACAACUAUCGGUGUGGCAGCUACAACAACCCCGGCGUCGUCGUCGUCAUCAACAAUAUCUGAAUCGGUGACAGCAAGCUCAACAGUUACAUCUCACCUUUCCUCUAGUUCGUCCAGAACACCGAACUCGAGCUCAUUACCCUUGAGCAGUGCUACCAGCGGCCCAGAAAGCAUCCCAGAGAGCAGCCCAGCAUCCGGCUCCAGCAAUCAGAAUGUCACCAUCGGCGCUGCUGUUGGUGCGGCAGAAAGCACGGCGACGCACCUGCCUAUACAACACGACGCGCCUGUUGCACCGCCUGAUCCAUAUGUCAGCCCGCCUCCUCACAACAGCCAGGUAUACGAAGUGCCGAGAAAAUGGGUGCCACCCAUGGUGCAAGACCACUACGGUCCCCAGGAGCUCCCAGGAUGGCAGCCAGAGCCUCGCAGGGGCUAA